CACACUGGGACCUCUGCUUUGGAAUGUUUGGUGAAGAAUGGAAAUGAAUGGGAGUAAUCAGGGGCUUUCACUCCCUGUCCUAUGGCUAGUUCUUCUGGAGACACACAUACAAACUGAGGUGGUGGAACAUGACAAGGUUUUUAACUCUGCGUGAUAAAAUAAAAAUCUGAAAAUGGAUAUACUUCCUGGAUUAUGGUAGGGAGUUUGAUUUGUCUUCAGGAUAUUAGUUUUGGUUUGAACCACAGUCCAACUGGAGAGAGGAAGGCUGUGUGAGGGUGACAGACACUGGGUAGAGGACAUGAGCGGGAGGCAGGUGUGUAGCUAAAUGAGCGGUGCAGGAAUGAACGUCAACUCAGCCAUGGCACCGCUAUCUCCAGGACUAAAUGUCAAUUUAUCUCCAGGACUAAACCCCAUCGACACCCCACCAAUGGCAGCUCCAUCUCCAAGACUGAGUCUCACCACCACCCCACCGAUGGCAGCGAUAUCUCCAAGACUGAGCCUCACCUCUACCCCAGUGAUGGCUACCUCGUCUCUAGUAAAGAGUGCCUCUCCAUCCAUUGCUUCCUUGUCUCCUGGACUGUUCUCACCCUCUCUGUCCUCUCUGAGCCCAGAGAGAAGGGCCUCCUCCCCCUUCGGCAGGUCCUCCAGCAGGUCCCCCACCCCAUCCAUCAUGACAUCCCCAAAGCUGUGGCAGAAAACCUCCAUCUCCAGACUGGCAGAGGAGUUCUUCUGGAUUGGUGGAAGCAUUGUAGCACAACCCAAAUGGAGACUGGGUCAAUAUGUGGAGAGGUGUAUGUGCACCAUGCAGACUGGCACCCAGAUGACCAAACUGAAAGGGAAGAAGAAGGGGCUGGUCAGGUUCUUCUACCUGGAUGAACACAAGUCCUGCAUCCGCUGGAGGCCCUCCAGGAAGCACGAUAAGGCUAAAAUAACCAUUGACUCCAUCCACGAGGUGUGUGAGGGCAAGAAGUCUGAGAUCUUCCAGCGCUAUGCAGACAGUUGCUUCGACCCCAACUGCUGCUUCAGUAUUUACCAUGGUGACCACGUGGAGUCUCUUGACCUGGUCUCCACUAACGGAGAUGAGGCCCGGACCUGGAUUACUGGCCUGAAAUACCUCAUGGCUGGCAUCAGUGACGAGGACAGUCUGGCAAAGAGACAACGCAAAAGGGACCAAUGGUUACAGCAGACCUUCUCAGAGGCAGACAAAAAUGGGGAUGGUAAUUUGAGCCUGGGAGAGGUUCUUCAGUUACUCCACAAACUCAACGUGAACCUGCCCAGGCAGAAAGUCAGAGAGAUGUUUAAGAAAGCAGACACAGAUGACAACCAGGGUUCGUUAGCUUUUGAAGAAUUCUGUACCUUCUAUAAGAUGAUGUCUACACGCAGAGGCCUCUAUCUCAUCAUGCUCUCCUACAGUAAUAACAAAGAGUUCAUGGACCUAAAUGACCUGGUCCAUUUCAUGGAAAAUGAACAGAAGAUGGCGGGUGUAACCAGAGAAUAUUGUCUGGAGAUAGUCAGCCAGUUUGAGCCAUGUUCUCAAAACCUACAGAAUAUGGUUCUGGGCAUCGAUGGUUUCACCAAUUACAUGCGAAGUCCUGCAGGAGACAUCUUUAACCCAGACCACCAUCAUGUGCACCAGGACAUGACCCAGCCCCUGUGUAACUACUUCAUAGCCUCGUCCCACAACACCUACCUGACAGGGGACCAGCUUCUGUCUGAGUCCAGGGUAGACAUGUAUGCCUAUGUGCUCCAGGCUGGCUGUCGCUGUGUGGAAGUGGACUGCUGGGAUGGACCAGACGGGGAACCUAUCGUCCAUCAUGGCUACACCCUGACGUCCAAGAUCCUCUUCAAAGACGUCAUUGAAACCAUUAACAAAUAUGCCUUCACAAAGAAUCAGUACCCAGUGAUCCUAUCCAUAGAGAACCAUUGCACAGUUCCCCAGCAGAAGAAGAUGGCUGAGUAUCUGAUGGAGGUGCUCCAGGAUAAGGUGGACCUGUCUACGGUCAAUGUGAAUGAAUUCAGAAAGCUGCCCUCCCCAGAGCUCCUGAAAGGGAAAGUUCUAGUCAAGGGAAAGAAGCUUCCAGCGAACAUUGACGAUGAUGCAGAGGAGGGGGAUGUGUCGGAUGAAGACAGUGAGGAAGAGGAAGAGGAGGAUGAAGAUGACAGCCAGAUAAACACAGAUGGGAACGCUGCUGGCACUGCAGAUGAAUCCAAACCCAAGAAACGCAGGUCUAUCAUGGGCAGCUUCAGACGCAAGAGGAAAAAGAAGAAGAAAAAGAAGCUAAUGCUUAAUUUAGACCAUGCGGACCAAGAGAACCCCAUCAUGAGAGACAAAACACAAAUUGUGUACCACAACAAGAAAGGGAAGACGAUGAGGUUAUCCCGAGCCCUGUCUGACCUCGUCAAGUACACCAAGUCUGUCCGGGUCCAUGACAUUGAAACACAAGCUUAUAUGACCAGUUGGCAAGUGUCUUCCCUCAAUGAGAGCAUUGUGAACCAGAUCAUGGCUCUGAAGCCAGCUCAGUUGGUGCGAUUCAACCAGAGACAGCUACUACGUGUUUACCCCUCCAACUACCGUGUGGACUCUAGCAACUUCAACCCACAGCCCUUCUGGAACGCAGGAUGCCAUAUGGUUGCACUGAAUUACCAAACAGAGGGCCGCAUGCUUGAACUGAACAGAGCCAAGUUCUCAACCAAUGGCAACUGUGGAUACUUACUGAAGCCCAGGUGCAUGAAUAAAGGUUUCUUUAACCAUACGCUGGAGGACCCUCUGCCAGGACAGAAGAAGACUCAAUUGGUACUGAAGAUCAUCAGUGGGCAGCAGCUGCCAAAACCUAAAGACUCAAUGCUGGGGGAUAGAGGGGAGAUUAUUGAUCCUUUUGUAGAGGUGGAGAUCAUCGGUCUGCCUAUUGAUUGCUGUAAGCAGCAGACAAGGGUGGUGGAUGAUAAUGGCUUCAACCCCAUGUGGGAGGAGAGCCUGGUCUUCACCCUACAUAUGACCCAGAUUGCACUGGUGCGUUUCCAGGUGUGGGACCAUGAUCCGAUAGGACAAAACUUCAUUGGACAGAGGACCAUAGCGUUCGUCAGCAUGAUGCCAGGUUAUCGCCAUGUCUAUCUUGAGGGCAUGGAGGAGGCCUCCAUCUUUGUUCAUGUUGCUGUAAAUGACAUCACAGGAAAGGUUAAGCCAAGUAAUGCUGUAAAGGGUUUUUUGAAAAAAGCUACGAAGAAAGGGUCAGGCAAGGAGCCAAAGACGGUCUCUAUGCACCUCUCCACUUACUCAUCAGAGGACGUCCGUCAGCGGUACCGCAAGGACCUGGACUCCUACUCCCAGGAGAGCAGCGGGAACGGCAGCAUGUUACUGACGCCUGCAGGCAUAGACUACCAUAGAGGGACUCAGAGCGAACCACUGAAGCGAGCGCACAGGGUGCAAAUUCUGGAGGAGGAAAUCCAGGGUGCUCCUCCAAAGGAGGAGAAAAAGAAGGAGGGGAAAAGGAAGGAGGGGAAAAGGAAGGGCAUCCUCGUCCGCAUGUCCUCCACCAUCUCCAACUCUGGGGCAUCCAUCCCGUGCAUCACAGCAACAAGCCCAGACCUGGAGGAUGUGUUUCAGUCGUCUCAGCCACAGAGUCCAGAACCAGAGAGCCAAAUGCAGUCGUUUCAGGCAGCCUGGCCAGAUCUGGAAGACCAGGUUCAGUCUUUCCAUGCACACUGGCCGGGCAAGGACAACCCAGGUCAGUCAUUUGAGCCUGAGUGGCCAGACCCACCUGAGAUUGAGGACAUAGCAGGAGAACCACUGACAAAGCUUAACAGUAAGCCUGCACCCCAAACUGUAUCAGAACAUCUGAAUCAGCCCCAACCCCAGCUCCAUCCCCAGGCCCAGCCCCAGUCCCUACCCCAGGCCCUGGCCCAGGCCCAGGCCCAGCCCCAGCCUGAUCCUGGGGUCAUUCUCCGGAUCCGACACCCACCAUCCUCCCCUGUCAGAGUUAGACGGACCCUGGAGACCCCAGCCAGCCAACUCCCCUCCAACACGUCACGGACAAAGGCCCGCUCUCGCAGUGUUCCACGAAAGCAGCAUGCCUCCCCCAUCACCCCGGUAGUUAACCGCAGGGCUGCUGUGCACUGGCAGCCUCAGACUCCUUCCCCUCCUCCCCCCCAGAACCAUUGCAGCUAUGGCCACAAGCCCAUACCCAACGGCCUCUACCUGUCUGACAGUGACUCCAGCAGUGGUGGCAGUAUAGACAGUCUGAGUCUGGAGCUCCUGCCCUCGCGCGUGCCAGUCGGUGGGCAGAGGGAAGUGGGCACCCUGCAGAGAGAGAUGAAUGCCCUCUUUGACCAGAAGAUGAAGGAGAUCCGCUGUAAAUCCCCACUCUUUUUUCACGAUUACUCUACGCUAUAGUAAUCAGACACUACAAGGACCACAGCAGUGAGCAGCCAAUUGGAAUAAGCAUGGGAGUAGGAAAUACACUUGUAAACAUAUCUCAUUACCUUGUAUGUAUCUAGAUGUAUGUACAAAUUAUGUCAUCUCCACAUUUGAGACCGAACAAGUUUAUUAGUAUAAGGUAAUCACUAUUUUUUUUGUUGAUGUGGGUAUUGUGAUUUUGCAUCAUGGUGCAUUUAUUGUAAAUAGAACGUAAUACCAAAGUGAAUCGUUCAGAAUGGAACAUACAUUCAUUAUUAGACUGGUUUUAUUGAAAGAUGUGCUCUAACUUUUACAUCAACAUCAUUCUAUUACAUAAUGCUUUUUUAUGUGUUGAGUUCUAUAAUAACAAAAACAUUUAUUUAAGUGAACUUACGGUUUUAUAGUUUUGAAAGGAAUGUGCAAAAUGUGUGCUGCCAAUUGUACAAAAACAGUUAAAUAUUCUUAGUAUCAAUAAUAUGUAAAUGUCUAAUCUACUUU